AAUCUGGCUCCUCAAUGUGUGGAACUGAUUGAGCUCUUGGUUGCUGGCGCAGGUCCUUGUUUCAGGAGCUUGGCAGGUGGAAGGGGGUCAUGACUGAUGAGCUUUCGUUUCCAGCUGCAUAAUGGCGGGAGCCCUGUCUUCUAGCUUUGUUGCGGGCAGUUGCUGGCUUAAUGUUUUCAAAGUGGACCGCUGUUUGCAUCGCCUGGACAAAGUUAGUUGCUUUGCAAAGAUACAUACUGUCCACAAUAAACGAUUUCUGAACCACUUUGAUUGGAAGGCAGCUGGAGUGCUCCCAUCGUUAGGCAGGCGACACAUGAAGUCUACAUCAGUAUUCCGUGCUGCAACAUCUAGCCCAGCUGCUUCUGAAUAUAACGGGGUUGUAAAAAGGAGUAGGAAGAAAAAAAACAAGUCUGCUGCUGAACACCAAGAAGCACCGGGGUCGAUAAGAAGAAGCGGGGAGCUGGCUGCUGCUGUGGAGCAAGCAGAAAGCGUUGCUGAAAGAGUAGAGGGUAGAGAGCUUGGAAAGCAGGCCUCCAGUCCUGAAGAGACCCCGGGACGAAAACAUCAUGAGCCGUCGAGCAAUGGCGUUGCAAGGGCAAAGAGGCUCUCUCCGCUAAUCACAGUGACCAAACCGCUUCCCAAAGUUCUGAUUCUUCACACAGGUGGCACCCUGGGCAUGGACCCUGACCUCAGCUUUGAGAAAGACCGACAGGGGGUGCACCUGCGGGAGGGCACGGGGGGCACGUACAAGAAGAGCCUGCAGCCGCGGGGCCUGCUGGCGGACCUGCUGAGCGUCGUCCCUGAGCUGCAACACUUUGCGAACCUGGACGUGCGCGUGGUGUUCAACAAGGACAGCUGUCGCGUGGGGCCCGAGGACUGGGUGCGCCUCGCCAAGAUUCUGCACCAGCAGCGCAACAACUUCUCCGCCUUCAUCGUCGUGCAUGGCACCGACACCAUGGCCUACACCGCAAGCGCACUCUCCCUCAUGCUCGCUGGCUUUCGUAAACCGAUUGUCUUGACAGGUUCCCAGCUCCCUCUCUCCAUGCCCCGCUCCGACGCCCGACAAAACCUCAUCGACAGCAUCAGCUGUGCCACAUCCGGCCCCUUAGGGGAAGUUUGCAUCUGCUUUGGGGGCGUGCUCUUGCGCGGCAACCGGGCGCAGAAAACCAACGCGUCGGUAUACCGAGCCUUCUCCUCCACCACGUACCCGCACCUAGCAAGCCUGGGCCUCGAGGUCGAGUGGGACAACAAAGCCCUGCUGAAGCACGAGGGCGUCUACCGGCCGCGCUUCGAGCUCAACCCCAACGUCAUCCGCAUCCCCAUAGUGCCCGGGUGCGAUCCCCGGUUAGCGUACGGGGACCUGUACGCCCGGGGCGUGCGGGGCCUGAUCCUGGAAGCGUUUGGGGUGGGGAACAUGCCGGACACGCCGCGCCACGGCUGGCUGCCCUGGCUGCGGCAACAGCGGAAAAAGGGCAUGCAGGUAUACUUGAGCACGCAGUGUGAUAUUGGGUAUCUCCAUCCAGAGCUGUACCGUAGCGGGAGUAUCGCUGUCGCGUUGGGGGUAGAAGCAGGGCCGCAAAUGACGCCCGAGUGCGCGUGUUGCAAGAUGAUGCUGUGUUUGGCUUACCCGGACAUCCCCCUAGGACAACCCAUCGCGGGGGAGCUUUGAGUAUUCAGCAAUGCUCUAGGAGGGUUACCUUUUGAGGCAAUCAGACGACGAUGUCUUUUCUGACGAGAGUAGACGAGAGCUCUGUACAGGUUGAGGCGGAGUAGCGAGAUGCAUGCUAGGGAGAGGUUAGUUAGAAACCUUAGACUUUCUGCAGGUCAAUUUUAGGCCUGGUUGUAGUGUGUUUGAGAGACUAGCUGAGAUUAAGGAUAGCAGUGACAGAGCUUGCGAGUAAGGUUUGUGUUCGACCUUCGCCAAUCACGAUUUAGUUAGCGUCAGGAUCACAGGGACCCGUCAGUGCUAGCAAUAUAUGAUGUAUAUUAUGAUCUAUGAGCAGUCACUUUGCC